AUGAAGCUUUUCAACGAUUUCCAUUCUAAAGGUACGCUUGUCAAAGCUAUCACUUCUUCUUUCCUUGCGCUUAUUCCAAAAAAGAAGAAUCCGCAAGACUUGUUCGAGUAUCGUCCUAUUUGUUUAGUGGGGAGCAUAUACAAAAUCCUUGCAAAGAUAUUGGCGGCUAGAAUGAGAGGUGUGUUGGAUAAAUUGGUUUUGCCUAAUCAAACCGCUUUUGUUCCGGAUAGGAGUAUGAUGGAUGGUGUUUUAAUGGUUAAUGAGAUCCUUGAUUGGGCUAAAAGAAAAAAGAAAGGGUGUCUAAUUCUUAAAGUGGAUUUCAAAAAGGCUUACAAAUCUAUUUCCUGGAUCUACCUUAGGUGGAUUAUUGGAAGAAUGGGGUUAGGGAAGAGAUGGUUGAAAUGGAUGGAAUCUUGUAUUUUCACUAGUCACAUGUCCAUGUUGGUAAACGGAAGCGCCACCAAAGAAUUCAAAGUUCAAAGAGGUUUACGUCAAGGUGAUCUGAUUUCUCCUUUUCUUUUUGUCAUUGCUAUGGAAGGCUCAUUUCCUUUCAAAUUUCUUGGUAUUUGGGUUGGAGAAGGUGCUAGUAAGAGGAGAGUGUGGAAGGAUGUGGUUGCUAAUAUCAUGUCAAGUCUGUCGUUAUGGAAGGGGAGAAAAAUCUCCAUAGGCGGAAGGGCGACUCUUAUUGGACCGGUGCUUAAUGUUAUUCCUAUUUUUACUCUUUCUUUCUUUAAAGCCCCAAGCAAAACUAUCCAAGAGAUUAGAGGUCUCCUUAGCAACUUCUUGUGGAAUGGGAAUGUGAACAAAAGAAGCAUUCAUUGGGUGAAGUGGGAGAAUGUUUGUAAACCAAGGGAGAAAGGUGGGUUAGGUAUUAGAGAUGUUGGUGAUAUGAAUAGAUCUCUUCUCCUCAAAUGGAAGUGGAGAAUCUUGAAGGAGGAUAAUGCUAUUUGGAGUAGAUUUCUACUUUUGAGAUAUCAAAAUCCGAAAUUUAAAGUGCUAGCAUCUAGUGGGGAAGUUCUAAACCUGAACGAUUCUAGUUGGUGGAAAGACAUUAUUCUUAACGAUUUCAGAGAAGAGGAUUCCGUUGAAGGUUUCAACGAUUGGGUAAAAUGUGACUUCAAGAAAGAUAACACCAUUCUUUUUUGGCAUAGUUGUUGGUUGGGUGAUCAAACUCUUCGCAAAUCCUUUAUGUUUUUGUUCGAUCUUUCAACCAAUAAACUUUACAAGGUUAGUGAGGCCAUUUCUUGGAAUAAUAGUAUUUUUUCUUAG